AUGGCAGGAAAGUUGAUAUGUAUGACUGUGUAAAAAUGUAGGGGGGGAGGAGGCCAGUCAGCUGGGUGGACCACAACACUGUGGACGGGGCACGGCAGCACCUCAGACAUGGCCAACAUUGCGAUACAGAGGAUCAAGAGGGAGUUCAAAGAGGUCAUAAAGAGUGAUGAAGCUCAGAAAUGUGCCAUAAAUGUGGAGCUUGUGGGCGAUGACUACCGAGAGUUGAGAGGAGAGAUAGCAGGGCCGCCAGACACACCGUACGAGGGUGCCACGUUCCAACUUGAAAUUAAAGUUCCUGAAACGUACCCAUUCAACCCCCCAAAGGUAAAAUUUGUCACAAAAAUCUGGCAUCCAAACAUCUCUUCAGUCACAGGCGCCAUUUGUCUCGACAUCCUUAAAGAUCAGUGGGCGGCGGCCAUGACCCUGCGGACAGUGUUGCUAUCCCUGCAAGCUUUGCUGGCUGCUGCUGAGCCAGAUGAUCCGCAGGAUGCGGUUGUUGCGAAACAGUUCAAAGAAAACCAUCCACUCUUUUUAGAAACUGCUCAAUAUUGGUCACAUGUACAUGCUGGAGUUCCCAAGGGCAAUAGUGAAUUUUCUAAGAAAGUUCGUCGCCUGAUGGACAUGGGUGUCGGUGAGCACCAAGCUUUGGUAGCUUUGUCUUCAUGUAACUGGGACAUGGACCGAGCCAUUGAGCAACUCUUUUCCUAGAUAAAGGGAAUGGAUGUGUUUCACCAAACACUAGGGUAGGGGACAAGCAUACCAUUACAGCGGCACUGAUAAAUCACAAAACCAUUUUUUGUCAUAUCAUCUUCUUUCAUGGCAUCCUAUAUACCAUAUAGGGAACCACUGUAUUGAUCUUGCUUGAUGCUGCAUUUUAAAAAUUCCAGCCAAAAUAAGUCAGAAGCUAAUACGACAUGAAUCCAGCAGCUAUCUUGGUAAUGACGGAUGUGUCAGAACAGUGAUGUCCAACCAGAACCAGUGGCCAGGCCUUUCUAAGAGGCCUUUACCGAUCAAGGGGGGAUUUUUCUUUUUUUCAAUUAAGUAUAUUUCAAAUUCUAUUAAGUAUUAUGUUAUCUGUAAAAUUUAAAAAAUAAACUUACAUGCUAAU